AAUUAAUUAUUGUAAGGCAAAAAAAUAUACGGAUGAUCAACUAUUUCAUUUUCCUUAACACAGAGAUACGCAGCUCUUGUGCGUAUUUGAGAAAAAAAAAUAUAUGGAUGAUCGAUCAUAAUGAUAGUCGCAAUCAAUCAUGUGCGAGCUCACAAUGAAUGAAUGAAUCCCAUGUGGCCAGACCGCCGCAUACAUACUGGAUGGAUCGAUCAACCGCCAUCGAUCAGCUGGCCUGGCUCUGCUUAUCAAAACAGGCGGGCAGGUCGUCACAAGACAACAAGAACAAGAGGAUCGAGCAAGACAAGCCAGACGACACACCAUCCAAUCCCAAUAUCCCAUCCCAUGCAUCAUCCAUCCGCGCACAACGCAGAGCAGAGCAGAGCAGCCAUGAGCUCCCCGCCGCCGCCGCCGCCGCCGAAAGACCACAGCAAGGGGAGGUCGCCGGCGCUGGAGCUGCUGGACGAGUACUGGUUCUUCAGCAACACCCUCGCCAACAGCAACAACAAGCCGCCCAGGUCGCCUAACAAUAAGGAUUGGGAGCGAAGGGAGGACAGCAAGGGCUCUUGCUCGGCCGGGCUGUCCCGGUUGUACGCGUCGGGGGGACGGAGGCUCCUCCGGACUCCGUCGCUCCCGUCGCCCUCCAAGUUGUCCAAGGAUGUCGACGACGACGACCUGGCGCCGGUGGCGGCACGGCGGCAGGACGCAGCUGGCAGUGGCAAUCGACAGCAGCAACAAGAGGAGCACGAGGUGGAGGAGGACGACCUCAACUGGAGCUCCAUCUACGAGGGCGUCCUGCGCACCAGGAUGGCCGAGGGAGCCAAUAAUAGCGGCAGCAGGUCGGCGCUGCGGCGGGCGCCGUCCAUGCCCGUCCCAUCCUCCUCCGCGACGGGCCAGGCCAAGCCCACGCCUACGAGUACGCGGCGGCGUCCAAGCCCACGCUCGAUGAGCGCCAGCCAGCAGCCGGUCCUGCCGCGCUCCAAGAGCGGCGUGUUCAGGGCGGAGGACAAGAAGUGGAGGAGCUCCGGCGACCUCGAGUCCAUCGAGGUCCAAGGCUUCAGGGACCUGGGCUUUGUCUUCGACAAGGAGGACCUCAGGGAGAGCCUCGCCGGAGUCCUCCCGGGCCUCAAGCAGCAGGCCGCCGGCAAGACCGGCCGCAGCCGCAGCAGCAGCGGCAGGCCUUACCUGUCGGAGGCGUGGCAGCGGCCGCCGGCGCUGGUGAGGGUGCAGUCGGAGGCCAGGUCCGCGGCGGAGGUGAAGGACCAGCUCCGGAUGUGGGCGCAGGCCGUCGCGUGCAACGUCCGACAAGAGUGCUAGCUGCUUCUGCCUGCUUGUGCUGGGCACACAGAUCCUGAAAUCCAUUCAUCAUCCAAUGCAAACCAAACCAUCAUCACGCAUCAUACUUGUUCUUCAAUUUUGCUUUGUCAUACAUACUGUACACAUGUAUAAUUAGAUUUUGAUCAUCUUUCUUUCUCUUUCUUCAAAUUCCACACGGAUGGGAUGACAAUAGCUACAUGUGUUGUGUUGCGGUUUAUACAUCUCCUCUCUUUUUGAUU